GCCUUCCACAGUAAUACCCCAGCUCUAUAAAGCAGGAAAAUCAGAACUCCUCCCACACACACAAAAAGUAGUUUCUGAAAGGUUCGCAGUGAUUACUCAGAAGUCGAUAGUUGUCUACAAGCUGCAGUUUGAAAGCGAAAUUUACAGUUUUCGAGUGGUUGCCUUUAUCUCAAUUAUAAUGGCGUCUGUUCCUUCAGCUGGCUGCCUGCUUGCAAGAAACCAGUUUUACAGAACUCGAUACAAUUCAACAUCCAGCACUUCAUCUGCUGGCUCAUCUCAUGAUCACAUUACUGACCAUGAGAAGACACCUGUUGUACAUGGCAUACAUAUCCCUUUUGAGAAGUGUUGGUUGCUGAAAAGGUUCUUCCACAGUGAAAACCAACCAAUUGUUACAGAGAUUUCUUCUGGCAGUACUCCCAGUUAAUGCAAACUGAAGAUUACAUUUCUGCAAGUUCUGUAAACAUAAAAUAAUUCUGACUGCUGGAUCAAGGUAUUUCGGUUGUCCUACCUUGACCUGCUCCCUGGUAGUUGGCUGGUUACUGAAGUAUUCAUCUGAAAGUGAGGCGAUGGAGUGCCAUUGGUUAUGAAAGACCACAUACGCAGGGUGUAAAUCAAGUAUAACUAAUACUGUUUUAGAUAAGGGAAAACUGAAUCGGUCUUGGCAGUUUAACUUGCCUUCUAGUUCAGGGGUUAAGACUGUACCAGCAAAUUAAACCUGGGGGUUUAACACAGUGCAUUUAAGUGCUGUGCCAUUUUAACAUUUUUGCAUGUUCAAUAAUCCAUCUGGGGCUGUCAAUCUGUACUAUUGUAGCAUUGGUAUCAAACUUAAAUGUAUUAUUUUGUCCCUUUCAUGCUAUGUAAAAAUACAGUACCCUGUUCCCUAUGUCUUUGUCAUUAGUGGAAUUGAAAUGAGAAAAGGAGAGCUAACAAAGGAUGUUGGUUGGUUUGGCCAAUUAAACUGAGGCCAAACCAACCAUUUUGCCAUUUUUGUAUGUAAAUCACUGUUCCAGUGUUUUUAUUUUGGUGUUGUAUAUGUUUUUACUGGUAUUAGCAGUAUCAGCUUAGCCGUCUGUAUAUAUUUAUGUUUUGUAUUCAGUUUAAUUCAUUUAUACCAUCUGAAUAAAUAUUUUAUAUGACACAGA